CCAAGAGCUACUUUUCGGUCCGAAGAAGGGCUGUCGUUGUGGGCUGGCGAUCGAAGAGAUUGUCUUCGGCCUACCAGCGGCCGAAAAGGUCUUCGGCCGUCCCGCCACCAAAGAGGUCGGGAUAAGCCCGAACGGGCCUUCUCCUUCUCUCGAUUCCCAGUUCUUUCUGUGUCGUUGCUCUACGUUUCUCUCGCCACCCCGCGCCGAUCUCCUCCUUUUCCAUCCAUUUUUGCAUCCAAACCGCAGAAAGAGUAGAUCGUAGCCAUCCCCGUCGGCCUACGGUCAUUUUUUCCCUAUGGGAUAGUUUUUUGCGUACAAAUGAGGAGGAGCCACCGUGGGGUGGAGGUCAUUCAGCUCGGGAGGAGGUGCGGCUUGGGGGGUAGCCGGAGUCCAACCUCCGGGAGCCGAGAGGGCGGUAGUGGUGUUGUCUGGUGGUGCAGAUACUCCGCGAGGUGGCCAGUGCCGCUGAGUUGAAGAAAGGAGAAAGAACCAGGGACACACGCGUCGAAGGUGAAAAUGUCUGAAUCAGUCAAUUUGAUUGUUUACUAUGGCCCUGGUAAUAUUCGAUAUAAUAAGUUGGGGGUUGAUCUUCGCGAGUAUAAAAAUGGUGUCAUGACACUUUCAAACCCGGACAGGCUGGACAUUAGACAGUUGAAGUACUGGUUGACUACUAGUUUUCGGCUGGAUCCUGAAGUAUGUUCAGUCAGUAUUCAUGCAUUGUGGACCAAAUCAUGUAAACAUGUCAAAUGUGAGUUGAUACUGGUAGAUAGGAGCCAGCAAUGGUUAACCCUGUUAAGGCGUUGCAGAGAUCGAAGAAUACACCCAUAUGCCCUAGUGCAACCUGUGGCGAAGGAGGAAAAUACCGUACAACUUCACGAGGGGUAUGCACCCGGACAAGGCAGUCAAGUGGCUAACGAGAUUUAUUUAUCCGGGUCACAGCUAGUGGAUGUGGAUGCUAGCCAAUCCAAGAAAGAGUCAAAUUACGUGCAACACAAUGUGUGUGGUCAUGAUGCUGGGCAGAGUAGCCAGUCGAUAAUAUUAGCUUGUUCUGGAUUUGCUGAUGGGGAUGAGGAAGGGAAGGAAAUGCAGAGGGUGACGGAGGAAGAGGACGAUGAUGGAUUGGCGGAGAGUCUGGAUUCUAAAAAUUCCGAGGAUGAAGAGGAGGUACCGAUUCCUUCUGCAUGGGAUCAGGACAUAUCAACCAGCCUUACGAUCAAUGAUGGCCAUGAGACUCCAUGGCAGUAUAAUCUGAACCAAGUUCAGAUAGGGGCUAUGUAUGGUACAAAGGAAAAAUUGAAGUAUGCAGUGAGAAAGUGGGUUAUGUCUACGCAGAGGGUUUUUCGGACACAUAUAUCAAGUCCAACAACCUAUACCGUGAAAUGUGUAGAAACAAGUUGUCCUGGGAAGGUGCACGGGCACGUGCCGAAGUAUAACAUCCACUGGGUUGUCACCGAUAUCGUCCCACAUAAUUGUGUGAGGAAAAACCUUCUGGUGAAUCAUCCAAACCUCACUUCACCGCCAUCACCAAAGCAGGAGACACAGACAGUGACAGACGAGGUUAUCUAUGGUCGUGGUUAUCGUGAGCCUCGCCCACCGCCUCAGCGUUUAUCACCUUCCGGUCCUCGUCCGAGGAAGACCCAGAUUCGUCGUCGUCCCCAGCAGUGAUAUGGUUAUCUAUGUAUGACACAUAUGUCCAUCCAUGUUAGUUUCAGACUUUUCUCAUGUGUGAGUCAUUAUCUAUGUAUGAGACAUGGUACAUGUAUGUGUUAUUAUUGUAUUUGCUUCUAUCUGAUCAGGAGACAUAUAUCUACCUAUGUAUGCGAGA